AUGAGUGCAAAGCCUGAAGUCCCCGAUGCAUGGGAUGCGGACUGGGAAUCCCAAGCUGAUAAACUAGCGAAUCAGCCGACCCCGCCUUCUGAGAAGAAAGUCUCCUCCAAAGUCACCAAAGCUCAGCGCAGAGCGCAGCAGGCAGAGUUCAACCGGCAGCUCUGGGCAGAAGCUGAAUCCCCGCAGACAUUCCACUAUGUCGAAGCCCGAUCCGAGGUACCUCUGAAACAAGACUUUAAACCGACCGUCACGCUCCUCAGCCGGAGGCCUCAAAUCACACCACGCCAGUCGUCAUCUUCCGGUGGAAUAGACGGGGCAACAGCCCGCAUCGGACAACUUGGACUUGACGAUGAAGGCGACACGGACGAAGACCCCAAUCAGCCUCGCGAACUAACCUUUGAAGAAAGGCAAGCGAUAGCUCUCAAGAAUCGCGAAGAGAGACAGCGUAAAUACGAGGAGGCACGAGAAAGGCUCUUCGGAAGCCCUUCUGCAACGAAUUCUGGCAAUUCUUCUCCGGGGAGUACAACCCCACCUCGCCAGAAUCAACCUGGUGAGGGACGUGGGAAAGGGAAGGGCCGAGGCGGCCAGCGGGAUUACAGGGAGAAGAGAGAUUCUUCGACCGCCUCAAGCAAGUCCAGACAGCAGCUCUACGAUCCGGCAAGUUCAAACAGGGUCGGAUCAACCCUACAGAGGCGAGAUCGUCCACAAGGAGAUCGAGACGAUGCCGAAAAGCAGAAUGCUCCUCAGCAGCCAUUGCGAACUCCUCGAGGUCCCGAUGGAAGUGGAAGGGGUGGGUUUGGAUUUGCCAAUAGAGGCGCUCGCGGAGGCUAA